GCCGGACAAUUUCCGAAAAUGAGGGACAACGAGAACACUAAAAUUGUCGGGCAAAGCGUGAUUUUGGUGCCUUACAAGGAAAAACAUGUUAAAAGGUAUCACGAAUGGAUGAAAUCUGCGGAAUUAAGGUAUUUUACUGGUUCGGAGAUGCUAACGUUGGAAGAAGAGUUCCGAAUGCAACAGCGAUGGCAACAGGAUCAAGACAAAUGCACUUUCAUCGUUUUGGACAAAGUAGUCUUCGAUCAAAGUGGGGAUGAGAUAGAAGCAAUGAUCGGGGAUACAAAUUUAUUUUUCAACGAACCCGACGAGCCAAAAACUGCGGAGAUUGAAAUUAUGAUAGCGGACGUGGCUUACAGAGGAAAAAGGAGAGGCUGGGAAGCAAUAAUCUUAAUGUUAUUGCACGGAAUUGACAAAUUACAUACAAGUAAAUUCAAAGCAAAGAUCAAAUUUGAUAAUGAUAGGAGCAUACGAAUGUUUGAGAAAUUAGGAUUUCACGAGAGGCGGCCGUUGCUCUUCAAUUCAAUUAUAUACGGUUCGUUUUAUACCGGUGCCGAGUUUGCUCAACAAACUUAUACCAGGAUAUAUAAGUUUUCGUUGCCGCCGAUAUCGGCAAAGGCCGAGGAGGAUGCGAGUUCGUUGAAACUCGAGAACUCGCUGUUCCUCUGGAUCAAAAAGCUGGACGAGAAAUUGGGUUUGUUGAACGACGACUCGUCGCAAUUAAGGAGUUACAAUUGGGCGCAACUUAAGCGAUACGCGAUCUACGGCUGUUUCAUUGCGGGACCGGUAUUACACGGAUGGUAUAAAUGGUUGGACGCAUACUACAAAGGCAAGACCAUGAAGACGGUCCUCGCGAAACUAUUGGUCGAUCAAUUCGUCCUAACGCCGCCGUUGAUUACCAUCUUCUUUAUAAGUAUGAGCCUGAUGGAGGGUAAAGCGAACAUGUUCGACGAGUGCAAAGCAAAGUUUGUGCAGACCUUCAAGACUUCGUGUAUGUAUUGGUUGCCGGUUCAAUUUUUGAAUUUCUUAUUGAUACCACCGGCGUUCCGGGUCUCGUUCGUCAGUAUCGCAGCUUUCUGCUGGGUGAACAUUCUUUGCUAUCUGAAAAGCACGCCUGUAUCCGAGUAUAACAACAAUCGAAUAAAGUGCUGAUUUGAAAGUUAA